AUGGUCUGCAAGCCCUGCUUCAAGGGCUGGCACGACUCCAUCCGCAACCGCCAAACAAACGCUACCCCCGCCAACUUCACCCCCUCCCCUGGGGCCGCCCUCCCACAGAUCCCCGCACCCCCCGUGGUGCCCUGCCCCAUCUGCCGUCGUUCCCUCUCCCUCCUCAACUCCUCCCACUGCAGGCACCUCCUCUCCCCAGUACCCCUCCUCCCAAUCUUCGCCGUGCCGCGCAUGCUGCCGGACGGGGGGCCGGCCCCGAAAAUCUGCUCCGACUGCUGGUUGCUCCGGGGGAGGAAGCUAGGGGAGCUGGUCUGCACUUUCAAGGAGUUGAACGUUCAGGCUGACGAAAUCGAGACGGAGGUCAGGCUUUGUUUUCCACACGUUGUCAACAGCCGGGAUCCGGCGGGUCAUACGAUGGGAGUUAUUAGAGGGAGGAUGGUACAAGAGGAGCUAGCAAGAAAGACUUGGGCUGGGAGCAGUUGGCAGGCGAUGGGGAGGGAUUUUGGGGAGGCGAGGGGGGAGUAUAUGAAGUAA